CACAUGCGCAGUAACUUGGAGCUCUUCACGCGUUAGCCAAGAUGUCCACACACAAGAAGAAAACCAGAAAGCUUCGUGGACACGUGAGCCAUGGCCACGGUCGUAUUGGCAAGCACAGAAAACAUCCUGGAGGUCGAGGUAACGCUGGUGGCAUGCACCACCACAGAAUCAACUUCGAUAAGUACCAUCCUGGAUACUUUGGAAAGCUUGGUAUGAGGAAUUAUCAUCUUCGCAAAAACACCAAGUGGUGCCCAGCUCUGAAUCUGGACAAGCUCUGGACCCUCGUGUCUGAGCAGACCAGAUUAAAAUACAAAGAUGCUACCAACAACAAAGUACCUGUCAUCGAUCUGACGAAAGCAGGUUACUAUAAGCUCUUGGGUAAGGGACGUCUUCCCAAGCAGCCAGUUAUUGUUAAGGCUAAAUUCUUCAGCAAACAGGCCGAGGAUAAGAUCAAGGCUGUUGGUGGUGCCUGCGUUCUCUCUGCUUAAAUCCCCAGGAUUCCCAGGAUUAUCUACUCGGAGUUGACGAACUGAUCCGAGGCACGUACAAAUAUCAACAAUGUACUAUUCCUAAUAAAAACGACAGAAAACACAAAA